AUGGAUGCAGUUUUGGGCGGAUCUGUGAGCUCGUGGACCCCGCGGGCCCGUGUUUAUCAUCGUCGCAGCUUCGGGCAUCUCAACUUCUACGAUACCUUGAUGGUCGACCCUGACUCAAAGCGCUCCUUUCUGGUGGAGUUUGUUAUCCGGUUCAGCGACGAUAUAGAGACGUGUGAUGCAUCAGAGCCUUCAUCCAAAGGUGCACUCGGAUAUGUGACGUCCCACAGGGACAUUCGAAUAGGGGAUGUUGUGGAGAUCUUGUCUGGCCAGAUGGACGAGAAGCUGCCUAAGCCGCCCUGUCACUUCACGAUCAAGGUUUCCCAAAUGCGCAUUGCCGAGCUGUGGACAGAGAUGUUCAUCCAAAGCGAGGUGGCCACAGCUGUAGAGGAGGAAGGUUACUGGGGAACCGUUGCGGGGACUUUUCUGAGCUUCCAUCGGCCGGUAUUUCACGACGGAAUUGACCAGUCCUGGUUUGCGGAGUUGGAUCGGAUGAACGAGCAGAAAGGUGAGGAGAAAAGGAGGCAGAAGCGGGAGGCAAAGAAAGCGGCCAAGGAGACGCAGCAGGAGACGGCGCCUCAUGUCUCUGAUGAGGAUGAGCCCUUGUGCACUCAGCUUGGAACGACGGACGAAGAGUUGGAUUUCUUGCGAAGCCUGGUACAAGCGGAGACGGAGGAGGCUGAUGCAGAUCACUCCGAGGCUUUGCUCCGCCAGAUCCUUGUUGCCAAGCAGGAGUCUCGGAGACGCUCCCAGCCCCGAGCAUUUCUACAGUGCCAUUUUCCUCAAGCUGAACGCUUGGCGGCAUACUUGGAUGGACAGGUGCUGUCGAGCUGCACCCGGGAUCGCUUGGUGCUGCUCUCCUGGGGCCAAGAGCUGCUGGAUCCUCCGAAGGACACUUGCGGGAAGGUCCUGACCAGCCUUGCGAAGCUGUACCGGCAGCGGCAGGCGGAGGUGCAAGCCUCGCUUUGGGAGUUUGUGCGCCGAGCCCGCAACUUCAUCUGCUUUCCACGCGAGGCAGAAGUAAGCCUGCAGUCUGCGAUCGAUGCUUCUCCUUGGGGCAUAGCCUUCAGGUCUUGGCAAAGACCUGGUGUAGAGAGCGCAUAUGCAACGAAAUCACCGCCAGACUUGCAACGAAACGACCUCGUCUUGCCAAGAGGGCGGAGCGACAGCAUCGUCUACGUGGAUGGCUUGUUUUGGUGGAAUACGGACAUGCCACGUAUCAUGGUACCCGAAAAGGACCAAAGGGCCGUGCCCUCGGGGGCUUUCUUCAAACUGCUGGAGAUCUGCGAGCGCUACAAUCCGUCGGAUGAAGAAAGCGAUGAGAAGCUCCUGCGGCGUGCUUUCACUGGAAGAAAUCUGGCUUUGGAUGUAGGGGCUUCUCCUGGGGGUUGGUCAUACUGCCUUGCCAAAGAGUUGGGCACGAAGCUGGUGAUUUCCUGCGAUCCGGCGGCUUACAUGCACCCGUUGGUGCGCGAGCUCAUCGAUGCGGAACAUCGGGACGACUUCCGGCAGUUCUUCAGACAUCAUGAACAAGUCGAAGACGCCAAGCACCUGAAGUACAUGGCAGAGUGUCGGAGCGCCGGGAACCAGAAAACUGAAGCCGCACAGACUCCUGGGAGCAUCCUCCACUGGCGCAUGCGUGGUGAGGAGGCGAUCGCGAAGCUCGAGGAGGCUGCCUCUGACGAGAGAAAGAAGCUUGCCUUGUUUGUCUGUGACAUGAACGAUGGCCUUGAGAACGCCUGUCAGCUGCUUUACGAAGUCUAUCGCCGCAGUCUCUUCGAAUCCCCGUGUCUGGCGGUUGUUACCUUCAAGAACACUUGCCGCUCAAAGCGGGAGUUUCGUGAGCGCAAGAGGGCCAUGAUGCAGCGGCUGAAGCAGGAUGGCGUGCUGCACCACAUACACGAGAUUCAUCUGUUUGCAAACACACGGUUGGAAACCACCAUCGUCGGGCAAAUGCUUGCAUGA